UGGGUACAAUUCAUAAAUACCGGUCAACCGUUCCCCAUUAUCUAUCAUCUACCUAGUCAUAUUGCCAAACAACAACAAAAAUACCCAAACUUAGACACAAGACUCAUGCAAUGACACACCCUCAACAACAACAACAACAAACCACCCUCCAUAUCCAAGCUCCUCCAAACCCACAAAAAUCCAUUCAUGAAAUCACCGGAAAGAUGACCCAACUCUGCCGGAAAAUCGUCCACGUCAACGUCCGGUGGAUUAUUUUCGGAAAGGUCUCGAUUCUCCGGCAAUUCUUUCGGUUCAUUUGGGAUAGAAUUCUCUCUUGUUCUAUGGGUAGGCCUUCUCGGUAUCGCCGUUUGUCCCGCCGGAAUUCUUCUCCGGCCGUCGAGGCUAUGGAGAUGGGUUCGGGUCAGGAUGACCCAACUACUACGGGUAGUGGGUGUGAAUCGGAUUCGGAUUUGGUUGCUUUGAAGAUUAGUAUUUUGGGUGAUUGUCAAAUUGGGAAAACAAGCUUUGUGAUCAAAUAUGUAGGAGAUGAGCAAGAAAAGAGGUGUUUAGAGAUGAAAGGAUUAAAUCUAAUGGAUAAAACAUUGGUUGUUCGAGGCGCAAGGAUUGCUUUUAGAAUAUGGGAUGUAGGAGGAGACAAUAGGUCACUUGAUCAAGUUCCUAUUGCUUGCAAAGAUGCAGUAGCAAUUUUGUUUAUGUUUGAUCUUACUAGCCGGUGUACUCUAAAUAGUGUUAUUGGAUGGUACAAUCAAGCAAGAAAGUGGAAUCAGACGGCAAUUCCUGUACUAAUCGGGACCAAAUUCGACGAUUUUGUUCGACUUCCGCCGGAUUUGCAGUGGACAAUUGUGACCCAGGCAAGGGCAUAUGCAAGGGCAAUGAAGGCCACACUUUUCUUCUCAAGUUCGACACACAACAUCAACGUCAACAAGAUAUUCAAGUUCAUAAUGGCCAAGCUCUUUAACUUGCCUUGGACUGUCCAGAGAAAUUUGACACUUGGUGAACCCAUCAUCGACUUCUAAUUCUCUCUUUACUCUGUUGUACUCUCUUACUAUCUUCUUCAUCCAUUUGUACAUACAUACACAUACAUAUCCAUCAUCAAUUAAUUAUCAAUUAACACAACCAAAAAAAAAAUUUUGAUUCCACACUUUACCAUA